GGAGGAUCUGGCAGGGAUGAAGAGUAGCUCCGUCUUGUUGUGAUAUAGUUUCAGGUGGAGACAUCCAUGAGGAUGCAUCAACCAGACAUGCAAAACAUUAUUUCGAUGACUUGGGGGACUGAGGGUGGAAAGGAGAGGAACAGAUACGUGUUGUCAGUAUGAUGAAAGAGGCAUGUCGCCCCAAGUUAAGUUCAGGCAUACAAACACUGUGAUGUGGUCCCUGGUGCCUGUUUGUAGGGAUGUUUUCACCCUUUCUUGACCAGCACCUUGGCACUGCUGUUGUGGAAAUCCUCAACUUGUUGAAACCUCUGACUUGUUGAAACCACUGACUUGUUAAAACCUCUGACUUGUUAAAACAUCUGACUUGUCACAGUUGUAGAUCUUUGGAUGUCUCUAAAGAUAUGUAUGCUAAUACAGAACAAACCUAAUGGCAAAGCAGAAUGCAUUAUUUUAGAAUGCCAGUAGUUGGGCCUUGGUUAGUGAAUACCCUUGCAGUGCAGCCUAUUUAUCUCAUAACACCUGCUUUCUAACUUUCCAAAAGUGACCUGACAACAGCCGCUAGGGGUCGACUUCACUCCAAAGCUCAACGGGGUAGGCUAACGAGAUUCUCCUUUUAGCGAAGCAUUGCGGUUGCGCCAUUUUGGGAAGGAGUUUGUCAAAAGCGGCAAAAUUUUAAAGAUAAAGGAGUAUUUUGCAAACAUUUGAGCAACUUCUGGAAAUAUUUGUUGUGGAUACAUAUACUGCUAACUACCUGGUUAUGUUUUUGACGUGGAAGUCAGGUCCUAAAAAUGAAAUGACUAACUGACAACUUUCGAAUGGGGACUGAGCUGUGAGAUUCGGCAAGAUCAAGGUGGGCACUGUAGCUACAUGGAACAGCUCACGCGUCUUGAUGAUUGAUUCUCCAGUACCUGAACAGUUAUGGAUGAGCUGAGAAACUACUGAACCGAACAUGUCGAAUGGUUUCUUUGAUAUUAAGUAGCUAGCUAGCAAGUUUUUCGUGUCUCAGGUUUCAAUGGGAGUUGAGUGGACAUAAGCAAAGGCAUGCAUUGAAACGAUUUCUCACCAACUACUUCACAAGUCUUUCAUUGAUUUGCUAAAAUUGUGUCAUGCAUCAACUGUUAAUCAUGAACUAAAGUCAAUAGUGGCAACAUGUGACCCUUAUUUGAGUAGUUCUAUGUUACUUAUGUAUCUGCUGAAAAUAUGACAUGGUGAAUGAUAGAUUGCUUUAAUUUCUAUACCACAUCUCAUCACUUUAAAGCGUUACUAUAGAGUAGAAACACCCGAAUGUCCCCUUUGUAACAUCUCAAGAAAGGGCCACAGGAAAAGUUCUCCUUCCCUUAAAAGGAAUCAUCAUUGACUGAAAUUGCAUGACCGAUAUGGAUACCUGAUUGUAAACACACCUGGAAACAUUUGGAAAAAUAUCCUAUCUGCAAGCCUCAUGUGGGGAGCAGAUUAACUGGACAUCAAUCCAUAUUGAGAAGAAAACCAACAGUAGAGGACUGAGAACUGUGGGACUACAAAACUGCUACAGCAGACGCCUCUGCUCGGUCGUCCGCAGCUGGGGCCAGUGAGAUGAUGAGGUGUUGAUGUCGUGCCUAACCUAUUGGAGACGCAAACCUAAAUGGCGCAGCAUGACUUCACUCCAGCCUGGCUUAACUUUCCCACAGCACCAUCACCGGCCAAGCCCUCUCACAGCUACGAAUCUACCCCUGACCGUCUUGACAACCAAGGCAAUGUGAGUCGCAGAUGUCACAACUCCUCAGAUGGCUCAGAGUCAGUCAAUGGGCGAAUCCCAAGUAAACUGCCCAGUGGAGGCUACUCCAGGAUCGAGAGGAAUGGAUGGAAGGUCCUCAAUGGCACUAGUGAGGGAUCUAGCCCGCGGGCCCCUCUCCAAUACAGCAGCUGCGAUGUUGGCCCUUCUUGCACCUCUAAGAUCAAAGGCCUGCAGGAGCAUGACAACAGGGAAAAUGGGGAUAAACGAAAGAAGUUUGCAGCUGAAGAUUUUCCUUCUCUGAAUCCUGAUGCAAAACGAGAAGUCAACCGUAACAAAGCUGCAGGUGUAUGGGAACACCCUCCCAACCCUCAGUCCAGAGGCUCUAAAAUGAUGGUGAUCCGACGCAUCUCACGGGAAGAAUCUUUGCCGACACUGUCUAGCACCAGCCCAGCCCAGCAACAGGGCCCAUCUCGCAAUGGCACUGGCCCAUCUCUUAACAAGGGUCCCAUACCGAAAUCAGUCAGUCUUCCAGUCAAGGUGAGUCGCUCCAGCUCGUCCUCCCCUGUUGAGCAGGGCAGCCAGCCCCGGCUGAUGAUGCGUCUGACCCGCAUGCGCUCCGACAAGAAAAGCCACUUCCUGAAAGCCCUCAAACAGGACAUGGUGGGAGAAGAAAAACUUCACCUACACUGCAAGGAUGAGGAUAGUUUUCAUCUACACAAUAACAACCUGGGCGGUGGGGACGAGAACCUCAAUGGCUAUGAGCGUGGCACUGGAAGUAGCCCACUGGAGAACGGCAACAGCAAGCCUGGCACCAUGAGCAUGAGGCAGCAGGUGCUGUGCUCCUCCAGCUUCCCCCAGCAGGAGGUGCUGUCCAGCUCCCUGGAGGCAGAGCACAGGUUACUGAAGGAGAUGGGCUGGCAGGAGGAGAGUGAGAAUGAUGAGACGUGUGCUCCUUUAACUGAGGAUGAGAUGAGGGAGUUUCAGGCCAUCAGCGAACAGCUACAGAAGAAUGGUCUGAGGAAGAAUGGCCUCUUGAAGAAUAGUCCUCCCUCUGACCCAAUGACUGCUUGGAGGACCACCAACUUCAAAAUUGUCACAAAUACCACAGAGGAGACGGAGACCAGCAGCAGCGACACCUCGGAUGACGAGGCCUAGGACCAACCCUCAUCCGAAACCUCGCCCCCAACACACAUUUAACUGCACCACCACCACAAAAGCAGAUGAUCGGGCAGUUCUGAGGCCCUCCCACCAUUUCACAGACCCCACCUCUCACCCACCAGACAAACGUUCAGAAUGGACUUGAGAAAGAACACUAUUAUUGUUUCCGUAAAGAAACCCCCCUUUUUUGUUGGGGCAAAGGGGCGGUGGGAGACUUCAAUGUUGGACUACAUGUUUGUUCCAUCAUUGAAAAAGAUUGAUAAUACGUACCGUAUGAUGAAUGUGAAAAUAAAGUCCGUUCUGGAGGCUAUUAAAUAAAAUGAUUGCAAUUCACAGCUGGUGGCUCUCUGGUGGAUGUCCUUCUGGCUGAUUAUAGUCUGACUGGGGGUGGGUGUAGCUCAAAGUGCAUUUGACUGUAGAUCAAGUGGUCGUUGUAAAAAAAAAAUACAAUAUA